GGGCGGAAGUACGGUGUGUAACACUCCCCGGUAAGAAAAGAACAGUGACUGACAGUGAGGAGGGGGAGUAUAUAGAGGAACACAGGUGUCUGUACAAGGACGUGAUGAUGGAGAAUCACCGACCCCUCACAUCACUGGAUGGGCCCAGUAACAGAGAUACCCCAGAGAGAUGUCCCCGUCCUCUGUAUUCCCAGGAUUGUACAGAGGAGAAUCACAGGAUCCCACAGGAGGAUCAGUGUCAAGGCUUGACUGAAAUUAAGGUAGAAGCUAUAGAAAGAGAAGAGACGUAUGUCUCUGAUGAGGCAGAAGAUACAGAGGGAGAAGAAGAGACGUAUGUCUCUGAUGAGGCAGAAGAUACAGAGGGAGAAGAGACGUAUGUGACUGAUAUAAAGGCAGAAGAUACAGAGGGAGAAGAAGAGACGUAUGUGACUGAUAUAAAGGCAGAAGAUACAGAGGGAGAAGAAGAGACGUAUGUGACUGAUAUAAAGGCAGAAGAUAUAGAGGGAGAAGAGACGUAUGUGAGGGGUGAUCAGCAGUGUAAGGAGGAGGAAAUCAUUACAGAUAUCAGCACAGAUGGGCCCAGUAACAGAGAUACCCCAGAGAGAUGUCCCCGUCCUCUGUAUUCCCAGGAUUGUACAGAGGAGAAUCAGAGGAUCCCACAGGAGGAUCAGGAUGAAAUGACUGAUAUCAAGGUAGAAAUUAUAGAGGUGGAAGAAGAGACAUAUGUAAGAGUUGAUCAGCAAUGUAAGGAUGAAGAAAUCCCUACAGAUAUGAGCACAGCAGAUGGAUGUAGCAGCCGGAAUAUCUCAGAGGAAGAUCUAAUUUUAUCUCCAGGAAGUAUAACAGAGGAUGACAUCACCCAAGAUUCUCCAGGGGAAAACCCUGAUACCCCAAUUAUACAUCCAGUUCUUUACAAUACAGAUAUGUCAUUUGAUCGCGCUUAUCAUGGGGAAUAUUUUCCUGCUAACUCAGACAUUGGUACAUAUAUUACAGCUCUUGCAGUAGAUAAAAUAUUUUCCCAUUCUAUAGAUACCAAGUGUUUGAUACAGAACACAAAGCUUAUUACCCAUCAGCCAUCCAAGGAACAUGAGAAUCCAUUUUCAUGUUCUGAGUGUGGGAAAUUUUUUAGAUACAAAUCAGCUGCUGUUAGACAUGAGAGAUGUCACACAGGUGAGAAACCCUUUACUUGCUCGGAGUGUGGGAAAUGUUUUACGGACAAAUCUCAUCUCGUAAGACAUGAGAGACUGCACACAAGUGAGAAGCCAUUUCCAUGUUCUGAUUGUGGGAAAUGUUUUAGAGACAGAUCAGAUCUUGUUACACAUGAGCGAAUUCACACAGGUGAGAAGCUGUUUUCAUGUUCUGAGUGUGGGAAAGGUUUUACAAAUAAGUCACAUUUUGGUAGACACGAGAGAAUUCACACAGGGGAGAAACCGUUUUCAUGUACUGAGUGUGGGAAAUGUUUUGCACAGAAAUCAGAUCUUGUUAAACAUCAGAGACAUCACACCGGUGAGAAGCCAUUUCCAUGUUCGGAGUGCGGGAAAUGUUUUACAGACAAAUCACAUCUUGUUAGACAUCAUAGGCUUCACACAGGUGCAAAACCAUUUUCAUGUCCUGCCUGUGGGAAAUGUUUUACGCAGAAAUCAGUUCUCGUUACACAUCAGAGACUACACACAGGUGAGAAACCGUUUACAUGUUCUGAUUGUGGGAAAUGUUUUACACAGAAAUCAGGUCUGGUUAUACAUGAGAGAUUUCACACAGGUGAAAGGCCAUUUCCAUGUUCUGAGUGUGGGAAAUGUUUUAAAUAUAAAUCAGUUUUUCUUGUACAUGAGAGAAGUCACACAGGUGAGAAGCCAUUUCCAUGUUCUGAGUGUGGGAAAUGUUUUGCACAGAAAUACCAUCUUGUUGAACAUCAGAGAAGUCACACAGGUGAAAAGCCAUUUCCAUGUUCUGUGUGUGGGAAAUGUUUUACACAGAAAUCAUAUCUUGUUAAACAUCAGAGAUGUCACACAGGUGAGAAGCCAUUUCCAUGUUCUGAGUGUGGGAAAUGUUUUAGACAGAAAUCAUAUCUUGUUAAACAUCAGAGAUGUCACACAGGUGAGAAGCCAUUUCCAUGUUCUGAGUGUGGGAAAUGUUUUAGACAGAAAUCAUAUCUUGUUAAACAUCAGAGAUGUCACACAGGUGAGAAGCCAUUUCCAUGUUCUGAGUGUGGGAAAUGUUUUAGACAGAAAUCAAAUCUUGUUAAACAUCAGAGAUGGCACACAGGUGCAAAGCCAUUUCCAUGUUCUGAGUGUGGGAAAAGUUUUCUCGAGAAAUCAGAUCUUGCCAGACAUCAGAGAAUUCACACAGGUGAGAGGCCAUUUUGUUGUUCUGAGUGUGGGAAAUCUUUUAUAGAGAAAGCAGCACUUGUUAAACAUCAGAGAAUUCACACAGGUGAGAAGCCAUUUCCAUGCUCUGAGUGUGGGAAAUGUUUUACACACAAAUUAUCUCUUGUUAUACAUCAGAGAUAUCACACAGGAGAGAGUCCAUUUACAUGUUCUGAGUGUGGGAAAUGUUUUGUAUACAAAUCAUAUCUUGUUUCACAUCAGAAAAGUCACACAGGUGAGAGGCCAUUUCCAUGCUCUGAGUGUGGGAAAUGUUUUACAGAGAAGUCACAUCUUGUUUCACAUCAGAGAUAUCACACAGGUGAGAAACCAUUUACAUGCUCUGAGUGUGGGAAAUGUUUUAAACAGAACACACAACUUAUCAAACAUAAGAGAAGUCACACAGGCGAGAGGCCAUAUCCAUGUUUUGAGUGUGGGAAAUGUUUUACACAAAGUUCAGCUCUUGCUAGACAUCAGAGAAGUCACAAGUGAAGUUACUCAGUUGGCACUUUUUAUGUUUGUGAGAUUAUUAUAUGGAAAAUCAUAAACCUCAGUAAGCUUAGUAUUUCUCCUGUCACUGGCUCUAUAUUGACCUCUUAACAUUUGUUUUUUGUAGCAUCGUUUCAAUUACUCUACCAUUUGCAUUAUUGUACAUUUAUGACGUUUCUCCUGAAACCUGACAGACAACUUCCUGUAACAAUCCUCCCGACAAUUGACAUUUUUGCAGCAAGGAGUCCAGGUGCAGGAGGAAUGUGAGGCUAUAAAAACAUUUUAUUCCCGAUUCUGAGCAGCAUGUAAUACGGUUGUAGUUCUAGCCACCUGCCUUGAUCAAAAUUCCCAUAGUGGUAUUCUGAGUCCUAUGCAUCUUGUGUAUGCUUCUCCACGGGUGUGGUAUCACCCAUAGACAGUUAAAAGAUAGACAGUCAUUAGGUAGACACCGUAUGGUCGACAGUCAAAAGAUAGACAGGGUCAAAAGUCAGACAGAAUUAUUUUUUGGGGGUGUUUUUAAACAUUUUUAACCCAAUUUUGGUGAAAUUCGUCCCCUCGCAGGUUCGCUACUUUCGCCACAACUUUUCUAAAAGGUAAUUGUUUGUGACAUGGAUAGUAAAUGAGGCAAAAGUUGUAAAAAAAAGAAAAACAAAAAAAACAUUUGUGUCUGACUUUUGACCCCGUUUGAUUUCUGACUCGACCAUAUGGUGUCUACCUAAUGACUGUCUAUCUUUUAACUAUCUAUAGACAGGAACCAGCUUCUCCACUGACUAGAUCAGCCAUCACGCCCAGUAAUGGCACUUCUACCUAACCAAUACUAGGUGCAAGAGAGAUAAGACAGCCUAAGUGAGUGCUGAAUUUCAGUACUUUGCGCAUGUGCACGGCCCGUAUUCUGCAUGCGCCAAUGGGUCCUGCGGCAUAGGACGCAGGUCGGCAUCAGACCUGGUUGACAGCUCUUUAGCUGUAUCGGGGGUGGUGACUGGCUCCGUUUGGAGAAACAGGCAUGUCGCCGCUGUUUAGAGGGCGGAAAGAGGCCACAGAUCUCCGUCGUAGGAAGAGUCGCACCAUCAGUGAGCAUAAGGAUUGUCCUACAUGUGGUUGCUCUUGGGGUUCCAGAUCGAGAGCAGUAUGUGUAUAUUUGUCAGUAUGCGAGUACAGAGGAUGCUGGAUAGAUUAUAAUGUAUAUACCAUUGUUUUCAUUCAGGCUAUAUUGCAUUUUUAUUUUUCAUGGAUAUGGAAGAUAAAACUGCACUUGAAGUUAUAUUGGAUGUGAAUUAAAAGUAUUUAAUAUUAAAAUUCAAAAUAGUAUUGGUAGUAUCCAAUUUAAUAAAUGGAUAAGAAAGGGUUGCUGCCAUAGACAGUAAAUAUUACACUCUAAAAGCAAAUAAAGAAAGUCUGUACCUUGUGCAAUGUAAGUAUUGAUUACAGUUAAAACUUGUAUAAAAAAAAUGUUAAAAAUAUAUUUUUUGUUGGGAGUGUGUUAUGUUUGAGAAGUGAAAUAAAAACAAAUUAUAGAUG